GAAUUUUACGUGUUUGGGGCAUCUUGUGGAACAUUGGUUUAUGUUGCGUGAAAAGCGACUCCAGCGGGAAAUUGCAGCAUUAUGUUUAAAGGCAGAAAAAAGUGUCAGAAGUAGUUGAAAUUUUGCGGGAGAUUGUUGUGUUUUCAGUGGGCUCCCACACAUAAUUAAUUUUUAUUAUCCGCCCAAGAGACAGAGUGUGGUGUGCCACUCCCAGUGACUUCCUGCAAUGCCUGGUCAGGUGUGAAAUGUGCAAAAUUGUGUAUUUCUGGGAAGUGAGAUUUGGAAGAAUUUGAGAAGAGGAAUUUACAAGAGAGAACAAGAGAUAGAGCAAGAACGGACGAAGAGAUGCCCGAUUCAGAGAGGGACACAGUGACAAAGGAGUGGCUGCAGGCAGAACUGCGAGCUGCCACGAGGGAUCUCAUAAUCCUUGAUUGUCGCAGCACGAAUUUCUAUGCAGAAUGCCACAUCCGUUCGGCUGUGAACUUCUCCAUUCCCAGCAUUAUGCUGAGGCGCCUGGCAGCAGGGAAGAUUGACAUUACGUCCACAAUUAAGUGUCGUGCCCUGAAACAGAGGAUCAUCAAUGGCUACAAAGAGGGUAUCUUCGUCCUCUACCACGAUGUGAUGGACGCAACAAAUGACACGAUUAAUGUGUUGCAUCGACGACUCAAACAAGAUGGCUGCCAUGUUGUGUGUCUCGAAGAAUCCUUUGGGAGCUUUCGUUCGUCCUUCCCGGAAUGGUGUGAGGAGACAUCUGAUAGCAAUGUUGAUGCCAAAAUGACUCACGGUGGACAAACACCAGCUGAACAACUCAUGGGGUUGAGAUCUCUGCGGAUUUCCACACCACAAUCAGACUCUGCGUGCAGUAGUUCAGCCGAGUCGUCAGACUGUGAGAGUUCAACGCAUUCGCACAGCAUUGCCACCACGGGGGCACCAGUGGAAAUUCUACCGGGACUUUUUCUCGGGAAUGCAUCGCACAGUGAAGACUCCAGGGCACUACAGAAAUACAAUAUUCGGUACGUUUUGAACGUGACACCAGAUUUGCCAAAUGUAUUUGAGGGCUCAGGUGGGAUACAGUACCUUCAGAUACCAAUUACGGAUCACUGGAGUCAAGAUGUGGCCGUAUACUUCCCAACGGCAAUUCAAUUUAUCGAGGAAGCCCGCACAAAGGGAGCUGCUGUACUUGUUCACUGCCUAGCUGGGGUAUCACGAUCCGUCACAGUGACUUUGGCCUACCUUAUGCACGCACGAUCACUCUGUCUCAAUGACGCCUUCUCACUUGUGCGCUCCCGUAAGCCGGAUGUAUCACCCAAUUUCCACUUUAUGGAGCAACUGCAUUCAUUUGAGCGGCAACUCAAGGCAACACCAACGGGACGUCCUGCCAUGGAGCCCCAGGUGCCGCCGGUGCGAACACGUGCAUCCAAAUACUCGUGCGGAUGCGCUGAGGUUGAGUGCAAAUGCAUGCAGACGGAUUUUCUCUUAACAACCACUGGGGUGAGCCCAGAUUCGGGCAUUGAAUUCGAUCGAUGGACACCGGGGGACACGGAGACGCCCAAAUGAGGACGCGCCGUGGGGAAGAGUUUUGUGUUGCCCAGCGUUGAGGAUGUCGAAGAAGGUGCUGCCGCCACCACUUCGGAUGCAUCCUCAACGUGCACCCACCACGACUGAGAUCAGUGUGGGCAAUGUGUACCAACCGAAUAAAUGGUGGGUUCAUUGCCAUGUGUGUGCGUGUGGGCUACCUAUCGCAGAACUCUUUACCUACGGGGAUUCAUUCACGUUGGGGAGAGAAAAAAAAGAAUUAAAAUUGCCAGAGAUUCCAAGCGGGGAAAAAUAGACAGAAAAUCUGGUAAGGAAAAAUGUUCUCAAUAAAGGAUUUUCUUGGAAGUAUUCAAAAGAAUUUUAUUCCAAACUCUUGCAUUUUAUUCCUUUAGUCAAAUAAAGGAAUUGAUUGAAUUUGGAAAAUUGCCAAUAUUUGAGGAAGAUGAUUGAUUUUUAUUUCUUCAAUUUUCCCAUAAAAUGCAAUGAAUGUUUUUCCAAGAAAAUUCUCAAGAGAAAAUGCGCAAAGAAGAAAAUCACGCAUUAAAUGUAAAGAAAACACAAACAUAUUAUUUUCGGCAGCUUAUAAGAAUGUUGUGUAGUUGAUAUUUGUUGAUUAAUCCAUUUUCUGUUGAAGACAGAAAUGAAAAAAAAAUAGGCUUAAACAAUUUAAAAAAAAAUCGAGAAUAAUAUUUAAAAAAUAUUUGUGAAAUAUUUGCUGAACAUUUCAGCGGAUUUCUUUUUUUUUCAUUAUAUAUUAUACACAUAAAAAUAAUCUAUAUAUUAAAAAGUAAAAGAAAAGAAAUACUAGAAAAAGUAAUAAAUGUGUAAUAAAUUUAAUUGAUAUUUCAUGAAAAGUGUAAAAUCGUUUUAAUAAUUGUAAUUAUUAAUAUUAAAAAAAAGAAAAUAUAAUGUUGAGAAAAAAA